GUCCGUUUGCUCGAUCCCUCUCAGGACAGGAAUCAUGAUCAUUGGAACAGCCAGGAUGCCGCUUGGAUGGGUGAUACCAUGGCUAACCCUCUGCCUUGGACUAUCUGCAGAGGCCAGUGAAAUGUUUCAUCCGGUGACCAAAAUGCCAGUAAUUACAGAAGUUAGCCCCUCUCACAACGACCAGUGCUGCAGCACAUGGGGAUAUUACCAAUUUAAGACUUUCGAUGGAGAUUUCUUCCAGCUUCCCUCCACUUGCAACUACAUCCUUGUGUCCCAGUGUAAGAGCAACUACGAGGCAUUCAAUGUUCAGCUGCAAAGGCAUGAGAUAAAUGGGGUCCCCACCAUUAAGAAGGUCACUAUGAAACUGGACGGGGUCAUUGUGGAGUUAGUCAAUACUUCCAUCAAAGUCAAUGAUAAACCUGUCAAUAUACCAUUCAGCCAGGUUGGCAUUUCAAUUGAAAGAAUUGUCUCCUAUGUCAAAAUCGAGUCAAAGCUGGGUUUGGUCAUCAUGUGGAAUGAAGAAGACUCCCUUUGGGUUGAGCUGGAUAAGAAAUUCAAGAAUCAG